AUGGUGAAGAAGACGACAAACACUACAUUCCAGUCACCCUUUGCCUACAACGAUGAGCCUAAGAAGGAAGAGGUGGAGGCCUCAGUGAGUGACAAGGAUCCAACAGUUGCAACUCUCAGCCCUGAAAGCUCGCCUGGAAGUUGUGCGCUGGUCCUGUUGGGCCUUGCGUUUGUCGUAGCAGGAGUGGCGGUUGGUAGAGCCUCCAUCUACAAGUACUUGAUUCUAAGGCAAGAAGUCUUCCAUGGACAGCUAUACUAUGAGGUAGAGUCUGAUCCAGAUAAUGCUGCGGAAUCGUACCUCCUGCCUAUCGCUGAAGUUGCUGAUAUCCGGGAGGAUGAUAAUGUGGCGAUCAUCGAUAUCCCGGUUCCAAAUUUAUCGGACGGCUAUCCUGCGGCUAUUAUUCAUGAUUUCAACAGGCUUUUGACGGCCUACCUCGACCUGCAACUGGGUAACUGCUAUGUGAUCCCCCUGGAUACCUCAGUUGUUUUGCCUCCCCGGAACCUGAUCAACCUCUUUGCAAAAUUAGAAGCAGGUUCCCUUCUGCCUCAGACUUACCUUAUUCGUGAAGAAGUGUUUGUGACAGAAGAGAUUGAAAACGUGUCAGAUCUGGGUGUUUUCAUUCAUCGGUUCUGUGCAGGGAGGGGGACAUUCAGACUUCAGCGCAGAGAUACGAUCCGGGGUCUCCCAAAACGCUCUGCUGAAAAAUGCCACUCUAUCCGGCACUUUGAAAAUGAGUUUGUUGUGGAAACCAAGAUCUGUCAGCAAUGAAAAAGAAAAAGAAUGGGCUGGAAAGUAACAAAUCUCGCAUCUUCACCAAAGAGUCCAAGGUUUACAAUUUAAACU